AUGUUGGUGGCAUUUUUCACACUACAGCGGGUCAGCGGGAAAAGGACGGUUUGCUUGGACGGAAAUGGGUUGAAGGUCUGCGCGCAUGGCUGUGAAGUGAUUGCUGCGUUCGACAACUGCACCCAGAGUCUCGCCUAUCGAAACGAGGGCUGCGCCGGGGCGACAUGCUAUUUUUACAAUCUGUUCUGGGACGAAUCUUGCAAGCAGACGACGAGCGAUUUGAUCGCCAUAUAUUUG